AUGAUUGCCGUGUAUGGAAUUCAUUUUCAAGCAAUCAUUCGACUCUCCGUUGGAAACAUGAAAUUCAUGCUUUUCGAAAUGAUGUCUGCUUUUUUCGAAGUUUACUUGGGCUUUUUGGUCACGAUUCUUUCUUUUUCUCCUCGUGGCUCGCUUCAAUUAACCUCUUGCUACACUUCCGAGAAAGUUUAUCUGGAGAAAUGGUACCCUUUCGUGGAUGCAGUUCCUGGAAGAUACGAACUGUUUCAAAGCCAAAAAAGCGAGUUCAACGGGGAAGGAUGUCUAUAUGAAAUUAGGAGUUUUCAAAAAUAUUUGAUAUCCGAUUGGAAGAUUUAUUUUAUCUCCUGUGGAGUUCUCUACGUCUCAUUUCCCUACGCAGUUCUGAUUUUCUCUGUUAUCGCUCUCAGCGCUUACAUAGCUGCCGCAAUCCAAUCAACUCCAUCGCGGAAGAUCCCGAAACAUGUCCCGUUCAUCUACUUGAACAUGCUAGCCAUGCUGUUCGGCCUUGGAGGAGUCAUCUACGCGAAUGGUUUUUCCUUCUGGUUUCUGUUUCUUUCCACGUUUCCGGCGUUCUUUUUCUUUUCUACUGAAAAAAUGAGCGAUUUACAUGUCUUGCGCGCUGAAAUGGCUUAUACGAUCGCUGAAUAA